AGAACAUUGGACUUUGUUUCCCCAAAUAACAGAAUCAGUUUACAGAACUCAUCUGGAUCGAGCUGAAAGGUUCAAGCCUUUCAGAGCUCCAGCUAUGGGAACCCUCAAACUGGAAAUGACGUUUGUUUUCUUUCUGACCUGCUUGUGCUUCGUGGCUCCUGUCCACCCAGCUGCGCCUCCAAACGUCACCAUCUCCGAUCUUUCCUACAAGAACACGGACUUUGCCAUGAACCUGUACAGGAAAAUAUCCAGCCACCACGACAAGAACGUCUUCUUCUCUCCUCUCAGCAUCUCCGCCAGUUUCGCCGCCCUGCUGAUGGCGUCUGGCGGCGUGACGCGCCAGGAGAUCCUCAGGGUGCUGAACUUGGACCAGUUGGAGUCUUCCGAGCAUCCGCAGCUCAUCCCGAGGCUUUUCCAGCUCCUUCAGGAGAACAUCGCGCAGAACGGCUCCCUGAAACUGGACCAAAACAUGGCGCUUUUUGUCCACCAGCGGAUGGAGCUCCAGAACGAGUUUGAGGACAAAAUAAGGACGUUUUUCCACGCCGACGUCAAAAGAGUGGAUUUUGCGGACACGAAAGGGAGCGUCAGUUACGUGAAUGAAUACAUCAGGCAGAAGACGCAGAACAAAAUUACCGAAAUGAUUUCCACACUGGAUGAAACGAGCCAGCUCCUGCUGAUCAACAGCAUUUUCUUCCGAGGUGCCUGGCAGUUGCCUUUUAACUCUGAUUUGACCAGAGACGCUCCCUUUUACAUCGAUAAUUACAAUAUACUGCAAGUUCCCAUGAUGGUGAAAGAGGACAAGUUCUACACUUCGGAGGAUAUUCCCCUGGGAGCCAGACUGCUGAAGCUGCCUUACCAGGAAGGCGUCUCCAUGCUUAUCCUGCUACCAAACAAGGGUAUCGAUUACACUGUGAUUGAUGAUGAGAUCAAUGCCGAGAAGUUCCAGAGCUGGGUCGAAGGCCUCCGCAAAACGAGACUGGAAGUCAGCAUGCCAAAAUUCAAGAUGGCGGAGGAAUAUUCCCUGCACCGUCUUCUUCCAGAUAUGGGCAUGACCAGCCUGUUCACUAGUUCAGCGAACCUUACAAACCUCAGCAUGGAACCAGGCCUCAAACUCUCAGAGGUGCUGCACAAAGCUGUGGUCGAGGUGGACGAGACGGGAACGACCGCGGCGGCUAGCACCACAAUCGGCAUCGUUCCCUACUCUCUGCCCAGGAUGUUCCUCAUCAACAGGCCGUUCUUCUUCUUCAUAUACCACGAAGACACUAAAUGCCUCUUGUUCAUGGGGAGAGUUAUUAACCCCUCCAGCAACUAGUUACUGCACAGUUUAUGUAUUUUCUUGAAAGCAGCAUCAAUUGAUUGUGCUUUACAGGGUUUCAGUAAGUUUUUAUGUCAAACUUGGUUAAUCAGAUAUAACCUUUUGCACUUAAAUCAGUAUUUUCCAUGAUUGUCUGACUUUAACACCUCUUUACAGCUACUAACAGAAGGUUUUGGUGAACUUCUCAGAUCCCAUUUUUAAACCAAACUUCAUUAAAAACAUUCCCAUAACAAAUUAAGCAAUGGAUGAGAUAGUUUACAUUUUAGAGGUCAGUGGUCACUUCACUAAAUGCGUUUUCACAAGAAUUACGUACCACAACCGACUGAAUAAUUGUUAAAAAGGGUCUAAAAAAUUUUUAAAAUGCAGUUUUUUAAAAGUAUUGCUCAUUUCACUUUGUUUUAUUAUCUUUUGAAAUAUUGUCUCCUAUUGUCUAGAAAUAAAAUUCUUGAUGUCAAUAAAACAAUUUUAACUGCU